AUGGAGACUGAACACAGUUCGAUGAUGGUCACGCGCGGCGCGUUAACGUACGCCGCGGAAGUGCUUGUGACUUUGUUAGCUUCCGCUGUCGUGAAAGCCACGCUUUUGGCUCCGGAACUCUAUGAGCUAAUGCUAACCAACAUGCCUCCAACAAAAGGAGAGAGUAAAACCCCAAGUCAAGACAAGCAACUCGACGCCGAAGGAGAAGAUGGCAAUGACGAUGAAGACGAAGAAGAUGACGAUGGAAAUGGUGCAUUUGGAGAAGGAGAAGAUGAACUGUCUUCUGAAGAUGGUGGAGCAUAUGGCAACAAUUCCAACAAUAAGAGCAACUCAAAGAAGGCACCUGAAGGUGGUGCUGGUGGGGCAGAUGAAAAUGGUGAAGAGGAAGAUGAUGAAGACGGCGAUGACCCAGAUGAAGACGAUGAUGAGGACGAGGACGACGAUGAUGAGGAAGAGGGUGGAGAAGAGGACGAAGAGGAAGGUGUUGACGAGGAAGAGAAUGAAGAGGACGAGGAGGAGGAGGACGAGGAAGCUUUGCAGCCACCGAAGAAAAGGAAGAAGUGA